AUGUGGAGGCAGAGACUGCAGUGGGGGAUGUCAGUGUUACCCUGAGAAGGGUGCAAGGGAGGAGGGAUGCGGUGUAGCCAGAAUCCUCGCCACUACCAUCCACCCCAAAGGCGCAGCUGCGGCCAUCCACCGGGGGACAGAGGAGCCCGGCCGCCUGAAAGCGGAGGAACGACCGCUGACUGCGAGGGGAGGAGGGGCUCCUUACCGACCACCUGCAGUGGUCAGGCCGCUGCCAGGGGUGGAGGAGACCCCUACCGGCCGCUAAAACGCAGCGGGGUCAAAGGGAAGACCGCCGUCCUCGAGCGGGGAGGGGCUCACUACCAACUGUCUGGAGUGGGAGAACUGCUGCCAGGGGCAGAGGAGACCCCUAUCAUCCACCAAAACGUGGCGGGGCAUUCCAUCCGCCAGGGGACGGAGGACUAUCAUCCACUAGAGGGUGGAUGAGUGACCGAGGACCAGGCUACGGCGUAUCAGAGAACCGGCAAGAACGUUUUUUUCACUCUCUCCUCCCUCUCUCCCUCUGUCGCUCUGUGUUGGCCUUUCCCUCUCUUUUUUUUGUUGCUUUUCCCUCCCCUUGUCUCCCUCCCAGGUCCGAGAAGGCGGGGAAGACCUGCCGGCAGGAGGGGGGGGUGUUCGUUAUGCCAGGGGCUCCCCGGCCUGAAAGAAAGGAGGGAGGAGUGUGGCAAGGAGGAGGGCGGGGCCGGGCCAUGAUGACACAUGCCCGGCCCCUAAGGCGGCAGUUCGGGAGAGAUAGAGCUACAGGCAGCUGCCCUGGUAUGCCUGGUCCCCUAGGUUCCCAGGGCCUCACAGGCCCUCAAGGGCGCCUAGGAGACCCAGGCCUCCAGGGCCCUAAGGGAGAGAAAGGAGACCAUGGCAAAGGAGGUGUUAUGGGUCCAAAAGGAAGUGUGGGUAUGGAGGGAGUUCCAGGGUUUUCUGGAGCAGAUGGUGUUCCGGGUCACCCGGGGCCAUCUGGUCCUCGUGGAAAACCUGGAGCUGACGGCUGUAAUGGAACUCGAGGAGACUCUGGAACGCCAGGCAUUCCAGGAUUCGAAGGCGCCCCUGGAAUAUCAGGCCACAAAGGACUGAAGGGGGAGAAGGGUGACCCGUUGGAGCUGUGGGUCUAUAUGGAAAGAUUUAGGGGAGAUCCAGGACAGCCAGGCCUUGAAGGAUUAAUUGGACCAACUGGAAACCCAGGUGGCAGAGGACUGCCAGGAGGACUAGGUCUAUGGGGUCCCCCUGGUAUUAAAGGCUUGAAAGGACAAAAGGGUGAAAGCACUAGGAUAAUAAAAGGAGUCAAAGGAGAAUCGGGGGAUGUUGGAGAGACAGGCCAACCAGGACCUUUCCCACACACCAGACCACCCCCUGCAGAUUGGCAGGGUCAAAAAGGCGAGAGAGGAUAUAAAGGAGAACCAGGAGAUGUGGAACCUAUGUCAGUCAAAGGAGAGGAUGGUGUUACUGGGUUUAUGGGACUGCAGGGAAGCCCAGGAUUUAAUGGCUGGCCCGGACCUAGGGGUGACAAUGGACUACCAGGUUUCCCAGGAAAUACUGGCCCCAAGGGGGACAGAGGAGAACCCGGAGAGCUGAUAUUCACAGAACGUCCAUUUUACAAUGCCGAGGUGGGUCCUCCAGGACCUCCAGGAGAGCGUGGCCCAAUAGGAAAUCGUGGUCCUAUGGGUGCUAAAGGACUGUCAGGUCCCCCAGGCCCCCCUGCUUCUGAACAAACAGGGACAUUUGUUCUGUGGGGCCCAGAGGGACCAAGAGGAACAAAGGGAAAGAAAGGCGAAGCUGGAGAACCUGGUACACCUGCCACUCAGCCCGGCCCACCUGGCUUUGAUGGGCAGCCUGGAGUCCGUGGACCACCUGGACCCAAGGGAUCAGUGGAAGACUAUUUCAAAGGUGCACCAGGACCCCGUGGACGUCCAGGGAAUGCUGGGAAAAAGGGACCAAAGGGUGACCAUGGGCUUUGUGAAUGCCAGAUCAAAUCUUCUCCGCCUGGUGCUCCGGGCCCCUUUGGUGAGCUUGGUGACUCUGGCAUGGCGGGCGAGUGGGGUCAGCAGGGUGAUCAAGGUGACCCAGGACCCAGAGGCAAUGAUGGUGUACCUGGUUUUCCUGGUGCUCGAGGGGAGCCUGGACCCAAGGGGAGAAAAGGAGAGUUGACCGCAGCUACAGUGAAAGGAUUAACAGGUGACCCAGGGGACCCAGGUGCUAGUGGUUUCCAAGGAGAGCAGGGGAGUCCUGGGCGUAAUGGAGAAAAUGGUGCACCUGGUCUGCAAGGACAUGUUGGAGAAGGUCCAGUAGGGGAGCCUGGAGAGAAGGGCUACCCGGGACGGCCGGGUCUCCCAGGUUUAACAGGCCCAGCUGGGGAACCUGGUCAAGUUCUCGGAGCAACCAAAGGUACAAAGGGCCUUCCUGGAGAUGAAGGAAGAAUUGGUAUUGAUGGAAAUCCAGGGUUGCCUGGCGCUUCAGGGGCCUGUAGCACAGAAGAGGAGUGGAAUAUUGCAGGUGAGUGUUUUAGAGUCCCUGGGCCUCCAGGAGAAACAGGGCUGCCUGGCAUUCCUGGGUUGGAUGGAUUUAAUGGAGUUCCAGGUCCCAAAGGAUUACCAGGUCUUUCUGGAGAACAUGGGACCAAAGGAGAGCAAGGUGAACCAGGAAGAGGAGGUCCUCCUGGACCGAUGGGUUCAGUUGGAUUUCGAGGGGACUAUGGACAUCCUGGCUCCAAAGGUGAAGAAGGACCUCCAGGCCUCUCUGGGAAGCCAGGUUUGGAUGGUGCUUUAGGGGUGAAGGGUGAACAUGGUGAAGUUCUAGGGGCAUCUACUGGAGCCCCUGGAGAACCGGGACUGCCAGGACAGAGGGGUGCUAUUGGCCUUCCAGGAGACCCAGGCCCAAAAGGACACUCAGGUAUGGAGGGAAUGCCUGGUAUGAUCGGCCUCAAGGGUGAAAGUGGCCCUCCAGGUCUUCAGGGAGAAAUAGGAAGACCUGGACCUGAAGGGACAUUUGGAUAUUCUGGACGGCCUGGGCACACAGGAUCUCCUGGUCCACCUGGAAAUAUUGGACAACCAGGUCCAAGUGGAGUAAGGGGAGAUCAAGGUGACCCUGGUCCUCCUGGGUCCUGGGGAUUUAAGGGUGUCAUUGGAGACCCUGGAAAUGUUGGUGUGCCAGGAAAUAUUGGGCUACCAGGAGAUCCUGGACAACAGGGGCCUUUCGGUCACCGUGGUCUCCAAGGGCUCAAAGGUCUCAAAGGAGGUCAGGGCAUGACAGGCUUCCCUGGAAAGACUGGUCAGGAAGGUAUAAAAGGAUUUGCAGGACUGCAAGGAGAGACAGGCUCCCCAGGACAACAAGGUGCAAAAGGGGAAACUGGCUCUCCAGGUCAAAAAGGUGACAGAGGGCUGAUGGGGCCUCCGGGAGAAAAACCAAUCAUACAUAUAACACCUCAUAUGAAAGAAGUCAUGAAGGGGGCUAAAGGUGACCAUGGAAAUAUGGGAGAUCCUGGCUUCACUGGUCCCAGAGGCCAAAAAGGUUUUCCAGGUUUUCCAGGAAAAGAGGGGGAACACGGACAUCCAGGGGAGCCCAGUGAUAAAAAAGGUUCUCCUGGUCUUCCAGGAGAAAAAGGAUAUCAAGGGCCAAAGGGAAUGCCAGGCUCUACAGGACUCCCUGGAAUAGAGGGUUUCCCUGGAAUGUCUGGACCCAGGGGUGACAAAGGCUCACCUGGUGCCUAUGGACGAUCAGGAGACCCUGGAAUCAAAGGAAUCAGAGGUGACUUGGGUCCAACCAUCAACCUUCCGGGAUCAACAGGACUGAGAGGUGAAACUGGGUUCCCUGGAACUUCAGGUGAAAAGGGUCUGGCAGGUCAACCUGGAGAUAGAGGAAGCCCUGGUUUUGAUGGCAUUGAGGGGAUGAAAGGCUACUCAGGUGAACCUGGAAAGGCAGGACCACCAGGCUCCGAUGGCCUUCAGGGUUUCCCUGGAAACCAGGGUCAUAAGGGCUGGCCAGGAGAAUCAGGACAGCCAGGAACCCCUGGAAUCCAAGGCCAACCAGGACAAAAAGGAUUUCCUGGUCUAAAAGGCAUUUUUGGAUUGGAUGGCCUGAAAGGUCAAAAGGGGAUACAGGGGGUUCCAGGUUCUGACUACUCAGGUCCUCCAGGUGACCCUGGAACAAAAGGAGAGAUAGGAGAGACCGGUAUCCCCAGCACAGAGGUUGGCCUCCCGGGAGCUUUGGGCCUCAAGGGUUCCCUUGGAGAUCCUGGUGCUAAGGGUACAUCUGGGCAUCCAGGUGAACAAGGGCCUCCAGGUCCACAAGGAUUCUCUGAUACACAAGGAGUGUCAGGUGACCCUGGCUUUCCUGGCAGUAAAGGGCUUCCAGGCUUUCCUGGACCCAGAGGGAUCCCAGGUGAUCUGUCUCCAUUCGGAGUGAAAGGAGAGAAAGGAAACCCAGGGGUAUUUGGACUCAGUGGAGAAAAGGGAGUCCAGGGGGACAGAGGAGAAAGAGGACUGGCAGGAGAACCUGGAGUGUCAGGAAGAAGAGGUGAAAAAGGAGAACCAGGAAUGAUGGGAUUUCCAGGAAGACAUGGUUUUCAAGGCAACAUGGGCCCUGUUGGACCUAAAGGAGAUACUGGACCCCCAGGUUUUCCUGGCUCACCUGGUGCUAAAGGACUCCCACCUGUCCCAGAAAAAUUACCAGGGGAAAGAGGACCACCAGGUUCAAUGGGUAUUCAAGGACCACAGGGACAUAAUGGAAACAUAGGCCCUGCUGGACCUCCAGGUGAUCCAGGGUUUUUGGGUCCAAAGGGCCAGAAGGGCAUGCCAGGUCUCCCAGGAAUACCGGGAAAUCCAGGCUUCCGUGGUGAAUCUGGACAAAGGGGCCACCCUGGUCUGCAAGGCGAGGAAGGUAACCGAGGGCAAUCUGGAUUAACUGGUCCUGCUGGAAUGCCUGGCCGCAGUGUCAGUGUCGGUUACCUUCUGGUAAAACACAGUCAGUCUGAUCAGAUCCCAAUGUGCCCUGUGGGUAUGUCCAAGUUAUGGGAUGGUUACAGUCUUCUGUACUUUGAGGGACAAGAAAAGGCCCACAACCAAGACCUGGGUCUAGCUGGAUCAUGUCUUCCUCGUUUUAACACCAUGCCCUUCCUAUACUGCAAUCCUGGUGACAUAUGCUACUAUGCUAGUCGAAAUGAUAAAUCCUAUUGGCUGUCCACCACCGCACCAAUUCCUAUGAUGCCUGUGGAGGAGUCUGAGAUAAAGCCAUACAUCAGUCGUUGUUCUGUGUGUGAAGCUCCAUCUGUGGCCAUUGCAGUUCACAGUCAAGAUAUAACCAUCCCACAAUGUCCUGCCGGGUGGAGAAGUUUGUGGAUUGGCUAUUCCUUCCUUAUGCACACAGCGGCUGGAGAUGAGGGUGGCGGUCAAUCUCUGGUGUCUCCAGGCUCUUGUCUUGAAGAUUUCCGCACAACUCCCUUCAUCGAGUGUAAUGGGGCCAAGGGUACAUGUCACUACUUUGCCAACAAGCAGAGUUUCUGGUUGACAUCUAUUGAUCAGUCCUUCCAGAGUUCCCCUGCCUCUGAGACACUCAAAGCCGGUCAGCUCCUGUCACGCAUCAGCCGCUGCCAAGUGUGUAUGAAGAACCUGUGACCUGUACUCUAUGAACUUUUACACCUGGGGCACCACUACUUCAGCAGCAUCACAAUUAACAACACCAGCUGAAUACAUGCAAUGGCAACUAUUUAAUUUCAGACAUUAUAAUGAACAUCAACAUCGCAACAUCAGGCUUUUGGAAUAACUUGAUUGUAUAUAAUGCAUUACAUUUAAGCAUUAACACAAGGACACUGAUGCUGCCACAGAAAGCCCUAAGACACACCCUCCCUACCCUCUAACUACUACUGUGUGCCUUAGGACUAAAGAUGUGUAAAUGUGCAUAAAAGAAGCCAGAGAUGCAUGAAAAGCAUAGUUGGUAUUAUAUUUCUCUGUACUAUUUACUUUUUCUAUGUAUGAUAUGGUGCUUAAUUUCUAACUUAUUACCUCAGCAUUUUCAGAUCUGUUAUUGUGUUAUUAUUUUUUAGCAAGACCAUACAGCUGAACCAAAGAUACCCAUUUUGCUUACGCACUACUCCGGCCUUCUCUAUCAUGUGGUAGUACUUUAUGUGAUUGGCCCCAUAUUGAACAGUUAGGUUGGAAUGGAGAACCGGUUCUUAUUCAGAAACCAAAUAAUUUUCAUGUUUUGUUCCGUUAAAGGUGCUUUUUUUUUUUUAUGUAAAAUUAUGCAAAAAUGUUCCUACUCCCUUAAAGAUAUUAAUUAAAUAAGUAUCCUGAGAUAUCUCACUGGUCUCUGUGUCAGCUGUAGACUUUGUAAACAGCAAACAAGAAUGUGUCCAUGGACCACGGACAUUGAAGCUUUUCACAUGUCAAUCAUUUUGCUUGUUCUUAGUUGAAGUGGAUCAUUGAGGCUAUGAUUUAAAAUGUUUGUCAGUUGAGGGUGCUAUUGUGCCACUGUUAAAUUUGACAGGCACAGGAACAAACAAUGCUGCUCUUUUGCUCAGUUUUGGUCUCAAAAUUAUCUUUGGAGGGCAGGGUUUUAGAAUGAAGGGACAUGGCUAAUUCAACGGCUAAGUCACGUGAAAGCUUCAGAAUGCUAAAAUCGCUUACAGCACCUUUAAUGGCUCUGGAACAUUCUUUUAGAAUAUGCAGAGCUGUUGUCAUUAUAAUCAGUACUUGUCUUAUUUUCAUGGUUUCUUACAUUUUAAAAGUUGUGGUAGCAUAUAUGCCACUUCACCGACACAACACAUUACAUAAAUCCAAAAUAUCGGUUUGAGACCCAUCACAAAGACAGCAAAGAAAUGUAAAGAGAACCGUAAACAGAAAUGUCAAGUAAACUGAACUGUUAAAUGAGAUCAGAAUUUGAACCAGAAUCUUAAAGGGAUAGUUCACCCAAAAAUAAAAAUUAUAAUCAUUCAUGAAAACUCAUGAAACUAGUCAUUUACUCACCCUUCAUGCCAUCCCAAAUGUGUAUGCUUGCUUUCUUCUGCAGAACACAAACUAUAGGGCUCAAAAGUUCCAUACAAUGCAAGUGAAUGGUGACCAUAAUUUUGAAGCUCCAAAAAGCACAUAAAGGCAGCAUGAAAGUAAUCCAUAAGACUCCAGUAGUUUAAUCUAUGUCUUCCGAAGAAAUCCAAUCGAUUUUAUGUGAGAGCAGACCAUAAUAUAACUUGUUCACUAUUAACCUUGACAUCAACAGUCUUCUUGACGAACAUAAUUUCGAGCUCCAUUACACUUACUAGCACCAUCCAGCGGUCUUCGCAUGCGUCAAGCACUAAGAAGUGUAAUCAAGCUUGAAAUCAUGAUUGUGCCUUGGGGCUGCAAUGACAAGAUGAACAGAGAAAAAGGAGUUACAUUUUGGUCUGUUUUCACCCAAAAUUGAUUGAAUUGCUUCAGAAGACACAGAUUAAACCACUUGAGUCAUAUGGAUUCAUUUUAUGCUGCCUUUAUGUGCUUUUCAUAGCUUCAAAGUUUUGAUCACCAUUCACUUGCAUUGUAUGGACCUACAGAGCUGAAAUAUACUUCUAAAAAAAUCUUCAUUUGUGUUCUGCAGAAAAAAGUAAAACACAUCUGGGAUGGCAUGAGAAAAUGAGAGAAUUGAAAUUUUUGGGUGAACUAUCCCUUUAAUUCUUUAUUCCAUGCCUAUGAAACAGUUAUGAAAUCUAAAAAAACAAAAAAACCAACAGUGCUUAGCCACUGAAUCCACAACUGACCUGUGUAUUUUCAUUAUGUGGGGUCUUUAAAUAAAGUGCUAUCUGUUGUGGUUAACCUUUAUAGAAAUAUGAUAUAAAUUCAUCCCACUUACACUAACAUCUUCUACUGCCUGUAUAUUAUUUUGCUUUGUGUUUAUUUUCUGAGGAUUGCUUUGAAUCAUCUGCACUUAGGUAGGAAGUAUUUUUUGUCAUGCACAACCCCUUUGUUGUGUAAUGUUUUCACACCUGUUAUAAAAUUCUUAUUUAGCCCAUGGUGACACAGAAUAUGGUAUUUCUUAGAUAUUUUAUUUCACAGAAGAUCAUAAACAUUGAGACUUGAAGGUUUUUAUUAGUUUUGUCCAAUCAAGUGGAUAAUUCUUGUUUAUUUGAUCUGUACCCUCUCUUGGUUGCAGCAAGUGCACUGAUUUCUGAGGUUUACGGGCCACAUCAGGCAAGGUCAAUUUCUUCUGAUAGAUUUGAAUAUGCUAAAGAGCUCAGUUUUUGUCCCACUUAUAUGUAAAUAGAUAAAAAGGCUCCCAUUCUUCCACUGACAUGGUUUAUAAGAGUCUGUAAACAUCAACUAAACCAAAUCUGUGUCAACUAAGUGUUCAUGUUAUUUUGGACUUUGAACAGCUUUGCCCAUUUCCAGUGCACAUUGCACAAGUAUUAUUGUCCUGAAAGCCAUAAACCACUAGCAUGAAUUUGAUACCUAAACAAGAAUAAAAAAAGAAAACAAUCUAUACAAGUCAGAAACACAUUUUGCUACGGAAACAUGUCUUUUUUUUUUUUUUUUUUUUUUUUUACCAAAUGUACUUUAAAUAAUGAUAUGUGGGCUAUCUGAAGACACUGAUUUUGAAUUAUAGUGUUAUUGAAUAACAGAAAAUAAAUGCCUUUGUUACAUUGGUGUCAUUUCUAAUGUUAAUUAGGAAUAAUAUAUCAUUAUACCUUUAAGAGUAUAAACUUAUACAUUAAGCAUUAGUUUACACAUGUAACAAAUACCCCGAGCAAACCACAUACAGAGCCCACAUCAGGCAAAUAAUUAAUGUAAAAUAAAACUUUGGUCCUGUUUGAAAAAAAAAAGGAAAAAAAAAACCAAACAAGUAAAAA